GCAAGACAUUGUUUGGAAGCUGAAGCACAGUUCACAACGAGAAGAACGCCUGUUGGAAAACACACCGUGGCCAUUGCUGGAAAAAAAUGGCGGCAUUUAGUAAAACACGUUCACCGUACUCUGUUUGUGAACUACUUAACCUGAAAGAUGAAUCACGAGAAGAGAAGCCAGAAAAGUGGAAUUGUUCAGAAGGAAAGAGCGGCCAUGAAGAUCAAAGACAGAAUGGAGAGAAGUUGGAAUUACGGAAAGAGGAAUCGGAAAUUGCGGAUGUAAUGGGGAAUGAUGACAAGGAUUCAAACCAGGAGAUCAUUGAUUUGACCCAGACUGCAGUACACAAGAACCAACUGGACGACCCGGAUAAUAAACAAGGGAAGCGCAGACGUCGUGUGCUGUUCACGAAAACGCAAACGCAAGAGCUGGAGAAACGUUUUCGAGAACAACGAUAUCUCUCCGCGCCAGAGCGAGAUGAACUUUCAAAGCUGAUCAACCUGACUCCAACACAAAUUAAGAUUUGGUAUCAAAAUCAUAGAUAUAAAUUCAAAAGACAACAGGCGGAGAGCGCUGCAAUGAACAGAGUUCAAUUCUUCUCUGCACCUCUGCGAGCAUUUCCACUAAUGCUUCCUAUAAACAGACAUUAUCCUUGUUGCACGACAACACCUCAGAGAGAGAACAUGGCUCUAUUGAACAGAACUUACCAGUGGCCUAGGGAGCAUACGUACUGUCGUGCGUCUAAUGCGUUCUUUAUGAAUCCUAGACUGGCUUAUUAUUACCGCUCCUAGUUUAAUUGAUACUAUCAUGUUCACAUAAUCGUAAGGUGUAGACGUAAGAUGAGAACUGUAGAGGCACGAGUAAUAAAGCGACUCACGUAUCUAAUAUGUGAUAAUAUAAUAUAAUA